UUUAUUGCUUUUCCUGUGUCAGUAUUGUAUGCGUAGUAUGUUCACCCCAACCCCCGCUCCCACCUUUAACUGCCUUCCUCUCUAUAUGUGUGCUCUACUCUCUUUACCUCUCUCUCUCUUUCCCUCUCUCUGCUCCCCCCUCUUUUUUUACACUAUCAUUUUCGUUUCAAAUAGGCUCUGGUCUGUCCCUCCCAUUUAAUCCCUCCCUCCUCUUCAUUUCUCUGCUUCACUUCCCCCUGCUCAUUCCCAGGUGUCCCAUAUGUAGCCUUCUUUUCGGGAUACCAGAAACUGGCAAGUACUACAGAAAACACAUGACUGACAGAAACAACAACUGCAGAAAUGGCCUCUCUGUUGCCAAGGAGAAGCUCAUCGAUGCUAUAAAAAGGAUCCAACAUGAGUUGGACGAGUGCAGAGAGGAAGAGUGUGAGAUGUACAUACAGUCCGUUGGAGUAGAGAACUGCUUUGAUGUUUUGGAGCGGGAGGUGCGGUCCGAGUUCCAGAACCUCCACCGUUUCCUGGAUGAGGAGGAGAGCCUGGACCUGGAGCGCCUCAGGAAGGCGCGGCAGAAGCAGGUGAAGCAGCUGAGGGGGAGAGAGAGGAAGAUCGCAGAGCAAGGGAAGGACCUGGAGAGAGCCGUCACGACGCUCAACAGCAAGCUGGCCGAGGAGGACAGUCCUAAGCUGCUCAAAGAAAUUAAAGACCUCAUAAAAAGGUCCAUGGUAAGCUUCGUCCCCCCACGAGAGGUAGAGACCGAGGUCCGAGCAGGUCAAUUUGUGGGCCCUAUCCAAUACAGAAUAUGGAAGCACAUGAAAAGCUGCCUCUAUCCAAACAUCACGGCCGUCACCUUUGACCCCGACACCGCCCACCCCUUGCUGACCGUCUCCCCGUCCCGCGCCUCCAUGUGGUACGAGGAGGACAAGGACGUGGCGGGGUGCCCGGCCAACCCGCUGCGCUUCCACUACUACUACUGCGUGUUCGGCCAGCAGAGCUUCAGCGCGGGCCGCCACUACUGGGAGGUGGAGGUGGGCCGCAAGACCUCCUGGAGGCUGGGCGCCGCCCGCGACGACGUCCCCCGCGGGGAGAUGGCCCACAGCGGCACCCUGGGCGGCAUUUGGACGCUGGCGCUGAAGAGCGGCACGCUGGUGGCGUGCACCGACCCGGAGCCCACGGGCAUCGUCCUGUCCAGCCGCCUGCUGCGCAUCGGCGUGUUCCUGGACUGUGAGCAGCGCGAGCUGUCCUUCUACAACGCCGACAGCAUGGCGCCGCUCUACACCUUCUCCCUGGGGACGGCGGCGGCGCCGCUGGUGCCCUUCUUUAACCCGUGUGACUCGGACGACGGGAGGAACACCGCGCCACUCGCCAUCUUCAGCCCCUCCCUGUGAGGGGGGGGGGGGGAUGUAGAGGAUGGUGAAGAUGAUGACGAUGAAGUUGAGGAGGAUAAUUUUAAUAGCGAUGAUAGUGAUGAUGACGAUGAUGACGAUGAUGACGAUGAUGACGAUGAUGACGAUGAUGACGAUGAUGACGAUGAUGAUGAUGAUUAUGAUGAUGACAGUGCUGAUUAUGAUGAUAACAAUGAUGACAGGAAAGGUUUUGGACAUACUUAAAAUGUACUGCAUCAUAGAAAGAGGGUAGUUGACACGACCCUUUAUCACACACAACUAUUGAAUCUAGAAGCAUCUGCUAGGGAUCUAGAAAGGCCAAAAGCUGCUCCAUAGCUUCAAAGAGAUGGUUCACGGUGCUAUGAUGUUACUUAUCUAUUAAUAUUUCCCUCACAGUCUUGUGACAUGGCCUGGUGUGACUAAAGCGUGACUAUGGAAGCUAUGCAAGAGAUGACAGCGGC